CAGUAUAUAACAAAGCACCUUGAAAGAGCAAAACUGCACACACAGUGCUGCGUGGUCUCUCACUCGUUCAAACUCCGUGAAAAGCCUUCCAUUUCUUCUUACCCAUCAAUUUCGUCCCACCUGUGGAUCUCUUUCAGAGCCCCUGUAAGUUCUCUAUCGGGUUUUCUUCUCAAAUCGUAACCAGUUUUUGAAGUUGAUCUGAACAUGUUUUAUGAAGUGGAACUGCUCAGGGAAGUGGCUGUCCUUGCUGAAAGUCUAGACAGGGACAAACUUGUUUCUUCGAGGUUCAUUGUAACACGUCUUUUGGAGGGUUUGUUAAGCGAGAAGGCAGACGAGGAUCUCGGAUACUUUCUUGCAGUCACUGGCUUAAAGAGGAUAGGGAAAGGAGAAGUUGUACGCAACUCAGGAGAUGUGUUCUUCCCUGUAGUUUUCAAUUGUCGGAUGUUCCUGCCUCACAAGGGAGAGAUCUUGGAAGGAGUCGUUCAUCACGUAUACAGACUUGGGGUUUUCUUGAGAUGUGGACCUGUUAAAUAUGUUUUUCUUUCUGCUCGAAAAAUGCCAAAUUACCGCUAUGUUGUUGGGGAAAAACCCGUCUUCUUGCAUGAUGACCUUGCAAGGAUAGAGAAGGAUGUUGUGGUUCGCUUCGAGGUGCUUGGAGUCAGAUGGAUUGAGAGGAGGGAAGAUAUAACAAAGGAGUUUAUGAUGCUUGCCAGUUUACAGGGUGAUUUGCUUGGUCCCGUUACUGGUCCUGAUGGACUGGAUUUGUAAAGAUUCAAACUAUAUGAAGGUUGCUUUUGUAAAAUUGUAAUUACCUGAUAGGAAGACUAGUUCAGUUUUACCCUUUAAGAUGCUUAUGGGAAAUAGAUCUUAAUUUUCAUUGUGAUGUAGACAUGAGCAGCAAAAUGUAUUCCCAAACUGGUGCUCCAAUGCUAAAUUGGUUUUACUGCAUUUAUAGUGGUAAAAAAACCUGGACAAUUUGAUUGGGAAGAGACAUUUUGAGUGUUUUAGUUA